AUGACAAACCGACCAAUCUUUGUGGCUACGCAUCCACGUGCCUGUUCGACGGCCUUUGAGCGGGUCUUUAUCACCCGCCGCGACAUUCUCGAGUGCCACCAUGAGCCCUUCGGCGACCCCUUCUACUUUGGCCCGGAGAACUUGAGUCCCAGGUUCAAAGAGGAUGAGGCUGGCAGGGUCGAGAGCGGCUACGCCGACUUGACCUUUGGAGAUGUCAUGGAUCAACUUCUGAAUCAGAAAGAGGGCAAACGAGUCUUUACCAAGGACAUGGCCUACUACCUCUUCUCGCCGCAGGGCUGGCCGACCUACCUCUUCCCGUCGCUGGUCGACCGCCUGCCCGGCGGCAAGAGCAAGGAGGCCGUGGAGGUGGAGGUGAAGGAGAGUGGGAGCGGCGGCGGCGGCGGCGGCCUCCGCAAGCUGCUGCAGGAGCCCGGCAACCCGACGGCCGUGCCGCGCGAGAUGCUGCGCAAGUUCCACUUUGCCUUCCUCAUCCGCCACCCGCGCCGGUCGGUGCCCUCGUACUACCGCUGCCACAUCCCGCCGCUCGUCGACGUGACGGGCUUCAGCGAGUUCCUGCCCGAGGAGUCCGGGUACGCCGAGCUGCGGCGCCUCUUUGACUUCUUGCGCGGCGAGGGCAUGGUCGGCCCCGGGCGGGCUGUUGGCGAGGCUGCGACCAACGGCACGACGACCAACGGCGUCAAUGGCACGAACGGCACUGCCAACGGCGUCAAUGGGACCAACGGCACCAACGGCACCGCCAACGGCGUGAACGGGCAUGCGGAGCACCAGCAGGAGCGCGUGCCCAUCACGCUGGUCGACGCCGACGACCUGCUCGACCGGCCCGAGGAGGUGGUCCGGGCGUUCUGUAGGGACGUCGGCAUCGACUUCCAGCCCGUGAUGCUGGACUGGGACGAGGAGAGCCUGGCGCAGUCGAGCGAGGCCUUCAAGAAGUGGGACGGCUUCCACGACGACGCGCUGGGGAGCACCUCGCUGAAGCCGAGGACGCAUGCACAGAAAACCAAGACUGAAGCGCAGGAGGACGAAGAGUGGACGCAAAAGUUUGGCGCUGAGGCUGCCAAGGUCAUCCGGCAGACCGUCAACGACAAUAUCGAGCACUAUGAGUAUCUGAAGCAGUUCAAGCUGAAGAUUUGA